AAUACAUGUAGACUGACAUUUGAGAGGAACGUUUGCGAGAGUAUUUUUUCUUGUACACUUUUGUAAGAAGGAAAUAUUUAAUUUCCAGUUCCUCGUAGUUUGCGAAUGAUUUGGCGAAUAAUUCGCAGAUUCUGAUUUAAAUGUCCCGAGAACAACGCAAAACCGAAAGACGUCUCAAAGAUCAAAUACGUCUUUGCAACGUACGUUGUUCAAGCAGAUAUCUUUAACUAUGCUACGUCAUUUAUAUCGCUCCUUUUAUAUUACAAAUAGUACUAAUUUACAGAAAUAGCGAUUUGUCAUAUACAAUUCAACAUUAAUCAUCGGAUUACCGAUGAAUAUAUUUAAAUGAUAGAUUUCCCUCGAUUUACGUGAGAUUUAUACGCAGUUCUGUCUUCACAAAAACUUCUGUAACAUUUAUACGAAGUGAUAAAAAAAAAUUGUUAACUGGACAUUCAAAACCUAUACAGGUGCUCACGUAUAUCAUCUCUUCUCCGAGCUUUACUCUCUAUAAAUCAAGGGAGAUAAAGAUGUAAUUUAAAUACGUCACUAAACCGAGAACGAUCCAUUCUCUUUUUUAGCUUUUUUUUCCUUGACAACUGAACGUUCUAUCUUACGUGCGUACGACCGUGUGUCUAUCCUCUGUAGAAAUGCCUUAUUAUCACGUGCCUCAAUUAAUAUUUAAACUGUUCACCUGCUUAUACCUAUUACUCGUUAGUCUACGUAACGAAUAUAUAUGUGUAAUAUCGAGUUAUUCUUUGUACUGCUCUUGUAAAUAUAUUCUGAAGAAUUAAUGUCAUCCUGUCGUCUAUAUAUAUUGUGUAUCUCGUAUAUUAUACGUUUUUACCACUCUUCUACUUAUACCGAAACGCACACACAAAUAUCUCUCCCUCUCUGAAAGACCGCUUUGCAAAAGAACAAGCUAAAUCGAAAGAAAAGAAAUAUCACGCUUACUAAUUUAUUUCUUUAUAGAAAUAUUUUAUUUCCAAUCGUUUGAAAGUAUUCGUAAGGUUUUCUUCCUAUUUUUCCUUUUACUCUUAUUUAUUGAUUUUUAUUGUGUUCAACGGCGAGACAACUGUGGGAAAACUAAAUACAUUAAUCAAAAUAUCUUAAAUUUGCAAGUUUUGUUUUAAUGAAUAUCUCAUUCGUAAUUUUGAAAAUUAAAAGAAGUUUGUACCGAGCGAAAUUUCCAACAAUUUUUUUUUCCAAUUCGCUCACUUUUAAAUUUCUUCGCAAACUAUCCCGCGUCUUUGUACCUGCAUGCAGUCUUUCUCACUUCUAUGGCUAUCUUAUGUUGCGUUUCUUCUCUGCAUAAUUAUAUUUUCGUGUGUCUGUCCUUAAUUGUAAAGACUGAUUAGCAUGUAGCGACACAUAUGAGUUUAUUCCCUUCCUUAUAAUCGCAAUUUUGUUUUCAUUCCAGCACGAUCACCGGCACGAGUAUCAUUGAAAUUUAUUGCACAGUAAUCGGAAGAUAAAAAUCUAUCAUUGCAAAUCUCGCGUUCGAGAAAGGAGAUAGAUUAAACGCAAAUUCAUGUGCAAACGGCGAAUGAAUAAUUGUAGAUGCCGAGUAUAGUAAUUUGAAGGAAAUUCGCAAAUUCUGUGCGGUGCUUUAAAUUCAAAUUUUGCGUUUUCUUUACAAGUUUCUUUGCAAAGUCUUAUCCUUGUCAGAAAUUUAAAAUUUCCGCGCCGAACGAUCGAUUUAUCGAUUAUCAACGCGCAAUUUUUAUACGUUUCCUUCUAUGUACAAGAGAUGGCUGCACCCUCACCGCAACAUGGUUUUAAACUGGUUAAACAUAACCUUUGUGUGUUGCCAAAUAACAUAUUUAUAGAUCCAUAUUUUAGACUUUAAUCGUACAUAUAACUAAAUUUACGUAUAACGUAUUGUGACUUUGUAAUUUAUAUAAGCCAUUGGCGGAAAUAAAUCUCGUUAUGCCGCCAAAAUCUGCGAUGAGUUCUAAACGCAACAACAGGAACAAAAAGAGUGUGUCACAGCCACGUGCUCCUCCCAGGACGGUAGACGCUAGCAAUACAAGUGGUUUAGAUCCAGAAGCGGAGGAUCGUUUCGAGUUAGAACUAUGUUGGUGCAUACAGCAAUUGGAGGCGAGUUUAACUACCGGCAAGCUGCAGGAGAGGCAGAUGCAGGAACUUGGCAAACAAUUACAAUCAUUGAAAAGUAACACCGCACCAUUAAUAAAAAAAAGGCAAAUAAUGAGAAAUACAUUGGGAGACUACAGAGAGAAAAUGGCUGAGGACGAGCGAAAAUUUAGCAAAUCUAUGUCAGCUGUUAAAUUCACUAGUUCUGCCUCUUCAAAUAAAAAAUCAAUAUUUAUCAAGAAAGCUAUGGGUCAUAAUACACAGGAUUUGAAUAAACAGACGAAUGAAUUGCAAAAUAUAUUACAAGAUACAAAACAGACUGUUAGUGACAGUAAUAGAACUGAAACUCCAUUUCAGUUUAAUUUUCAAACAUGUCAAUAAAAUCAGCUUUUAUAUUUGUAAAA